CUUCUGUUUUCUAUCCUUGUUCUUGGAAUCUGUAAGAAGGGCUGCAGUCUCGUUGCUGUGAGCAGCUUGAGAGCUUUGUGUCGUGAAGCUAAGGAAAUCCUUACGAAAGAAUCGAAUGUGCAAGAGGUCCGUUGCCCCGUCACCGUCUGUGGGGAUGUCCACGGUCAAUUCCACGACCUUAUGGAACUCUUCAGAAUUGGUGGGAAAUCGCCAGACACAAACUACCUGUUCAUGGGAGACUACGUGGACAGAGGCUAUUACUCGGUGGAAACGGUGACUCUUCUAGUAGCGUUGAAGGUGCGUUACCCGGAACGCAUUACAAUACUGAGGGGCAAUCACGAGAGCAGACAAAUUACACAAGUGUAUGGCUUUUACGACGAAUGUCUGCGCAAGUACGGCAACGCCAACGUCUGGAAGUAUUUCACGGAUCUCUUUGAUUAUCUUCCGCUUACGGCUCUAGUAGAUGGCCAGAUAUUCUGUCUCCACGGUGGCCUCUCUCCAUCCAUAGAUACACUGGAUCAUAUCAGGGCUCUGGACCGCCUGCAAGAAGUUCCACACGAGGGUCCGAUGUGCGAUCUGUUGUGGUCGGAUCCGGAUGAUCGUGGCGGCUGGGGUAUAUCUCCACGCGGUGCUGGCUACACCUUUGGGCAAGACAUUUCCGAAACGUUUAACCAUGCCAAUGGUCUCACGCUGGUCUCCCGUGCUCACCAACUUGUCAUGGAGGGUUAUAAUUGGUGCCACGACCGAAAUGUGGUUACCAUCUUCAGUGCUCCCAAUUACUGUUAUCGCUGUGGGAACCAGGCUGCUAUCAUGGAACUAGACGACACUUUAAAAUAUUCCUUCCUCCAGUUCGACCCAGCACCUCGUCGUGGAGAGCCUCAUGUCACCCGUCGUACCCCAGACUACUUCCUAUAAACCUCUCCCGACCUUUGCGGAGGGAAGUACACUUGGCGUUUUCAAGAGCAACAAUAUUUACACGUUUCCGUAAGAAAUCGGGAUUCGUCUCAAACUUCAAAUCCCCCAUCAUGGACCAAAACGUGCCAUACAGAGGACGAAGGGCGUUUAGCACAACUCGAGACUGAAUUCCUUACAACACUAUAUAUAUCCUGUACCCGCCAGCCCAACGGUCAGUUUGCCUGCUGUAUUUGUAGUCAUUGUUUUUUUCUUCUGGACUGUUCAGAGAGGAAAAAGGUAACUCUUAAUAACACUUCCAUCCCCUUUGAUGCUUCUUUGUAAAUUUUUUUAGUUCUAGUGUUUAACUGGCAUGAAUUAGAGUUGAUUUUGGAGAGAAAUGCACACUAACUUCUUCCCCCACCGCCCUUUAUUUUAUUGGAAGACCGAUCGACUUAACUGGAGAAA